GGUGGUAGUGUGGCGUGAGUGGUGGUGGUGGUAGUACGUGGCCCAGAGCUGGUGGUGGUGCUUGUAGCUUCUUAACGACGUGACUUCGCCAGAGGAUAACUUUUACGAUUAUCGGAACUUCAGUGAUUUGUGGAAUAUCUAUUUUAAAUGAACCUUGCCUAACCCAACCCAACCUAACCUAAACUAAAUUGAGUUAAAACAACCGACCUAAGUUAAUCCUACUUAACCUAACCGAACCUAAAUUAACCUACCUAAUUUAACCUAGCGUAACUCUAGCCACCAAGACAACAACGUUAAACAAUUCGUAUUUUAGUUUUUUCUAAAAAUUUUCCUGUCAAGUAAAAGGCUUCAAGUGUUUCAGGAAAGUCAGCACAAAUCUCUUUAACUUUAGUCAAGAAUGAAAAUUGGCAACAAAAUCGAAAGUUCUUAAAAUUCACGACUGGAGAAAGGACAGAAUCGAGGAACUUUGCCCUUGUGUAAUGAACUUGACCUAGUUUGUCAAAUGUAUAAUACUUACCAAGCAGCCUCAUUAACCUGGCCUGUUGCACACUAGGGGGCAGGAGUCACGUGGGCAACCUAGAGAUAUUAUCAAUGUUGCAUGCCAGCCUUGACAGGUGAGUUGCGUGGCAGGUGCUGAUAGUGAGGAGCUCUUGUGAAUAUUUAAAAUUUGUCGUAAAACCUAGUGCACGGUGCUUAAUGCCCCCGUUAAGACCUAUUAUAGUGCACGGUGCUUAAUAACCCUGAGAGUACACUUGAAACACUUAAAACUAAAACCUAUAGUGAACUGUACUUAGUAAACCUUGAUAGUUAAAACACUUAAACAACUCGGCAGUCCUGUAAUCACUCCCGGCAGGCGUCUUGCUCAGUUAACUCCUGCUCACCUGUACUCGGCCACUACCGCUACUUAACAGCAUCAGUGUCACACGGACCAUCCUCACCCAGCCACUGACUCUCACUGAUGGCACUAACCGUCUGGCUUACGUGUGAUGCUUCGUGUGUGUGAGGACGCCAUUAGUUACCCCUGUUGAAGAAGAGGACACCCACCACUAGAGAUGGACGCCGCCACACUCUCCUUCCUCACCCUCACCCUCAUGUGUUGUGUGGGGGCCGGGGUGAGCCUGAACGUCCUCAAGCUGUUGCCUUCAGACUACGACAGCACCGUAGAGCCCAGACCACCAGGAGGUGUGCCUAUACUGGUGGGGAUAAGUUGGUCCAUCAAGAAUGUAUAUGAGGUCAACUUCAGAGAGAUGUCAGUGCUCCUCUCCAUGUACUUCCGCAUGUCGUGGGCUGAACCUCGACUGGUGACGGGGUCGCUGACGGGUGAGGGUAUGGUGCCUCUACACUCCGACCUCAUGAAGCACCUCUGGAUCCCCGACUUGUUCAUCCACGAGACGAGGGAGAUCACUUCCUUCAAGAUGAUCGAGGAGGUUCAGGGCGUCUACCUCCGACCUCCCAACACCAUACUCUUCUCCACACUGCUGCAGACCCGCCUGGCCUGCCCUAUGUCCUUCAGCAGGUACCCCUUCGACGUGCAAGUGUGCAACAUGACCGUCACCUCAUACAAGUUCAGUGAGGACGUUCUUCGCCUGGAAUGGAUGCUGAAGGAAAUGUGGGCUGACAUCACCGUUGACGACCAGCUGCCUAACUACGACUUCCACAUCGAAUGGCGCAACAUAACCACGAAACACUGGUGCUCUAACUGCUCCUUUGCUCCCGUCUCUGUGGGUCAGGCUGAGAUCGUGCUGGCUCGACGGUACGCCCUGCACUUGCUCACAGUCUACGUACCUUCAGCUCUGUUCGUGGCCGUGGCUUGGGCUUCCUUCUUCUGGCCUCCUGAAGUCAUCCCUGGCCGCACUGUCCUCAUCAUCACCUCUCUCCUCACUGUCAUCUCCAUGUAUGCGGCCAUUGGACAGAAGAGUCCGGAGACAAGCUACUUAAAAGCAAUAGAUGUCUGGUUGUUUCUGUGCAUCGUGUUGGUGGUGUUCACGCUGUUCCAGUACACUAUCAUUAUUACAAUCCAGAGAAAGCAAAAAGAGCGAGUGAUAGAAGUGGUGGUUCCUAUGAACAACCGCUGUCACCGCCACAACACGCCAGCUACAGGAGGCAGCUUUACGACGCGGCAGAACUCGGCUGAGUCCCCGUCACCUCCCUCCUCCAGUAAAGUAGACGGUCCUGCUGCAGCAUACGAGGCGGGGAAGAGGUCUCCCCCUAACAGACUGGUGAUGUACGAGCAGUGGGUGGAGAAGGCGGGCAAGGUGGGCAUCCCUCUCAUCUUCUUCAUCUGUAACAUUGUCUACUGGGCCGUCUAUCUCUCAUGAGUGUGAUAACUUAGUGGAAGAGUUGUUUUUGUUGAGAUUUAUUUCGUCCUUCAGUAAAUAACCAUCUUGUGCACAGCGUCACUGAUGGUGUUUACUCUCUUCAUCCUUUUCCUGGCUGGUUUAGGAAGUGAAAGGUGACUUGUCAAAUAUCCUGUUGUCCAUAAACCAAAAACCUGAAAUAUAAACUCUAAUCUUAUAGCCAAGAGAAAGUGACAAGUGGCUGGAGUAUUUUCUUCCUCCCUCGGUGCGUCUCCUCAUCGAUACGAAAAUAUAUGGAAAGACAGACGUUUGUAAAAUAGUUUAUGGCUAAGGGGCUUCAGUUUGCGAGUGGCAGCGAGAGAGGCACUGGUCACCCGGGAAAUAUCAGUGCAUCACCUCCAAGAUUUACCUCACCCUGAAGAAGGUGAUAGGUCGUUAGAGUAUAGGAAGUCAUUGCUUGGCUAACUGUGAUCUUAUGAGCCUUGUUUUAUCAGGUUAGUGUCAGGAAGGACCAGCAGUAGGUGGAGGAGGCUCAUGUGUCAUAAGUUACACGUUAAAUGGGUACUGGGUCUAUUAGGGCACAACCUAACCUAACCAUUAGUGUACUGCCUAAAACCUGACAAGACAUUUUAAACAGAGUAUGAGAAUAAGUUGUUUCGGUCUCUGAUACUGCUACACAGACAGACAGACAGACAUAUAGCCUCCUGUCCAUCCCCGCCACACAUGGUGUAGCUGUAGGGGUGGUAUGAUAGCUCUGGGGUAUUGUACAGUAGCCCUAGGUGUGGUGUAGUCCUGGGUUUGGUCUAACCCUGGGUGUGGUCUAGCCCUGGGAGUCGUCUAGCCCUGGGUGUGGUCUAGCCAUGGGUGUGAUGUAGCUCUGGGUGUGGUGUAACCUUGGGUGUGCUGUAGCCCCGGGGUGUAGUCCUGGGGGUGGUGUAGGGUAACCCAGGUCCUCUACGGGUAACUCAAUAGAGACAAUCCGCUCACCUACCUUGCGUUACAUCCACCUCUCUCACCCUGUUGGGCCUUGACUUACCCCUCCUACUUUACUACUACUACUUUUAUUUUUUAUUUUAUUUUUUUUAAACGUGGCCUCCAGCCUCCCCCAAUAGCCACA